AUGCUGUACACAGCCAUUCUCCCUUCUCCCCCCUUGUUUCUUACUUUUUUUUCCCCAUUUGACUCCUCUGGGUUCAAGCUCUCGAGGCGGAUCGCCCUCGCUCGAGUGGCCACCCAGCCAAAGUCUAUCGUUUUGAAAGCAUUGUUUCGGCGAAGUUUCGGUAUCUUUUUCUCAUAG